ACAGGAUAUUAACGUUAAUUUCGCAGGUGCGCCGUUGUUACUACUAAAUCUUAUAUUCUCUUUCAGUUCCCCGUAUCAAUUUUUAUGCCGAUUUCUCCAGAGUCAGACACCAUCGUUACCUUCCGCUCUCCUCGAAUUCCCAAAACUGAUUGAGCCCCUUUCGCAAACACUCCCCCAUCGAUUUCUCAUCCCAGACUUAAAAGGACUGUUACAAAAGUUGUGUGUAUGCGGUGGGUGGGUUUGGAGAACUGAGUGGGUUGCCUUUCAAAGACUACGAAUUUUAGAGAUUAGGUUAUGGCUGGAAAGAAAGUGAUAGUUAUUUGUCAGUCAAGUGGUGAAUUUGAAACCGAUGAGGAUGGUUUACUGUCAUACAAAGGUGGGGAUGCUCAUGCUAUGGAAAUUGAUGAUCAAAUGACUUAUAUUGAUUUCAAGAUGGAGGUAGCAGAGAUGUUUAACUGCAAUCCCAGUACCAUGUCUACCAAAUAUUUCCUUCCUGGAAAUAAGAAGACUCUUAUCACAAUCUCCAAUGACAAAGAUCUUAAGCGCAUGAUCAAAUUCCAUGGUGACUCCAGUACCACCGAUAUAUAUGUUAUGACAGAGGAAGUAGUUGUGGCUGAUGUCUCAAACAUGCCUGCCAGUAGGUCAAGUAGGACGACUUUGUCAGAAGCAGGGAUUCUAGUUGAUGCUCCUCCGAGUGUUGCGGACGAUGUUGUGGAUGACACCACCCAACCUGAUCUCCUGCUUGAUGCCACUUUUGAUGUUAUUGAUGACACAACCCACGUUGAUGCCCAAAUUGAUAUACCCCCUGAAAUGCCUUGCCUGCUAUCUUUUGUUGGUUCCAAUGAUGAAAAACAUGUUAAAGCUGCACAGCUAUGGCAGAACAAUAUUACAGGUGUGGGCCAAAGGUUCAAUAGCGUACAUGAAUUUCGUGAGGCAUUGCGUAAAUAUGCCAUUGCACAUCAGUUUGCUUUUAGGUAUAAGAAGAAUGAUAGUCAUCGUGUGACUGUUAAAUGCAAAGCGGAUGGUUGUCCAUGGAGAAUUCAUGCAUCAAGGUUGUCAACCACCCAACUAAUUUGUAUCAAGAAAAUGAAUCCGGCUCAUACAUGUGAAGGGGCAGUUGUAACGACUGGGCAUCAGGCCACAAGAAGUUGGGUGGCAGGUAUCAUCAAGGACAAAUUGAAAGUUUUUCCAAACUACAAGCCAAAGGAUAUUGUCAAUGACAUCAAACAGGAAUAUGGAAUCCAGCUAAACUACUUUCAGGCCUGGCGUGGGAAAGAGAUUGCUAAGGAGCAGCUUCAGGGCUCAUAUAAAGAGGCCUAUAGUCAGUUACCUGUUUUCUGUGAGAAGAUAAUGGAAACAAAUCCUGGUAGUCUUUCUACUUUCACCACAAAAGACGACUGCAGCUUUCAUCGCCUUUUUGUAUCAUUCCAUGCCUCAUUGUAUGGCUUCCAACAAGGUUGUCGGCCUCUGCUUUUCCUUGAUGGCAUACCCUUAAAAUCAAAAUACCAAGGGAUACUGUUGACUGCGACAGCUGCCGAUGGGGAUGAUGGUGUUUUUCCGGUCGCUUUUGCUGUAGUAGAUACAGAAUCUGCUGAUAAUUGGCGUUGGUUUUUACUACAACUUAAAACUGCAUUAUCAACAUGUCGCUGUAUAACUUUCGUGGCAGAUAGAGAGAAGGGACUAAGAGAGUCAAUUGUUGACAUAUUUCAGAACGAGGAUGUGUAUCAUGGCUACUGUUUGCGCUACCUUUCAGAGCAACUUAUACGAGAUUUGAAGGGGCAGUUCUCUCACGAAGUGAAGCGUCUUAUGGUUGAGGAUUUCUAUGCUGCAGCUUAUGCAUCUAGGCCUGAAGGCUUCCAAAGGUGUGUUGAAAGCAUCAAAAGUAUUUCAUUGGAAGCUUACAACUGGGUCAUGCAAAGUGAGCCUGUUCAUUGGGCAAAUUCUUUCUUCCAGGGUGCAAGAUAUAACCAUAUGAUGUCGAAUUUCGGUGAGGUGUUUUAUAGUUGGGCAGCGGAUGCACAUGAAUUACCAAUAACCCAGAUGGUUGAUGCAAUACGGGGUAAGAUCAUGGAGUUGAUUUAUACUCGGCGGGCAGAUUCCAAUCAAUGGCUGAGAAGGCUAACUCCUAUGACGGAGGAAAAACUAGAAAAGGAACGCCUGAAAGUCCGUCCUCUUCAAGUGUUAAUCUCAACUGGUAACAGAUUUGAGGUACGUGGUGACUCCAAUGAAGUGGUUGAUGUGGAUCACUGUGAUUGUAGUUGCAAAGGUUGGCAGCUGACUGGUUUGCCUUGUUGCCAUGCCAUUGCCGUCAUUGGUUGCCUUGGCCGCAAUCCAUAUGAUUAUUGUGCUAGAUACUUCACAGCUGAUAGCUACAGAUUAACUUAUACAGAGUCGGUACAUCCUGUUCCAAAUGUAGAUAUGCCUGAGCAGGAUUCUUCUCAGGGUGCAGUGACUGUAACCCCGCCUCCAACUCGUCGUCCGCCGGGCCGGCCUACUACUAAGAAAAUUGGAUCUCAAGAGAUAGUGAAACGUCAACUCCAAUGCAGUAAAUGCAAGGGUACGGGGCACAACAAAUCAACUUGCAAAGAGCUUUUGUCGGGGUGCUAGAAUGUGUAAGUACAUACUUACGGUGUUUUUCCGCUGUAUUUUCAACUGUGUACUGUUAUGAUGCCCCCAGUGGGGUCCCACUACUCAUUUUUGUGGACGAUGUAGUCUAUAGAUGUGGAUAACAAAAAAUUUGAUUAAAUUUAGGUCAUCUCCAACAAUGUCUCAAAACUUUUAUUUGUAAGUAAACUGUUUUAGCUCAUUUUUCGGAAAGAAAUUACUUUUAUUAUUUUGUUACGUUUUAAAAAGUAACUAUUUUAGCCCAAACGAAGAUAUGUUUAGCUAUCAAAAAAUGAGAGUUAAAAGAAGCUGUUACCUUGUGGCACUUGAGCUUUUCAUGCUUCUAUGGGCCUAGAUCUGAUGAUUCUUACCUGCAAAUUUCGCCUAGCACAAAAGCAAAUCAUAAGUAGUACCUGCUAUCAACUACAGCAUGUGGCAGCUCAAUCUUCUGAGAGAGUCAGACAAACUACUCAAGAUUUGCAAUUGGCCUUGAAUGUACCCUGUGCACACAUACCCUGAAAUGAUAUAAUAUUUCAUUUUCUACUUAGCACUGUAGCUGAUUUAGUUUUUUGGGAGGGGUUUGUGUAGUAAUGGAAGACCUUAAGAGUCAUGGAUAUAACAUCUAUCAAGUGAGACUCAAGUUAAGUUUCACUUGAGUUUGCAAGCAUGGGAUGCGGGAACACUUGUUUGAACCACGACUGCAAUUCAGGUGUGAUUUGCAAACACGUGUCAGGCGCCAAACUUGAUUUGAGGCAUCAGUUUUUGGUUCUUAAUCUCUGGGUUUUGUCUAUAGACAGGCCAAUAUUGUGAGUAGUGCAUCAGACUUUGACGUUGAACUAAAAUUGAGACACGGAGUUGAAAAUGUUUUUCUACUUCUUCUGCAUCAAUAGGUAUCACGACAAAUUUCUCCUUUUGGUCCUGUGUCAAUGGGUGUUAGACUUAGAGCCCAACUUCGACCAAUGGCCAGUGCUUCUUGUUGUCCUCACUGUUAGGGCCAAACCACAUUCCAAGAUCACUGUCACUGUCGAGCACUAUCUUCACCGAUGACUUCCUGGAACCGACCACUGUUACCACCCUUCAUCAUUGAUGAGGUAGGAGACAAGUAGUAAACCUGUCGACUUCCCGUUGAUUCAGAAAGUUGAUCUAGUGGUGGUGAGAGAAGGGAGAACAGGGCAAAAAAGAAAAGAAGAGACACAGUGGUCCUUCUGUAAUUUGUCUUUGUUCUAGGAUGUAACAUGAUUAGAAAGAUACUUGGUUUUAGUCUCUAUCACUAUGACAGGAGUUGAGAAGAGAAAUGAUAUGUCUCUCAUAGUUGUCUUUCAUAGUCUGGAGGAAUGAAACUCAGAUGACAACUUGAUGGCCACUUGGAACUGAAAAAGACCGAGGCUUCAAGGUCUUGGCGAAACCCUAGGACUAUAGGUCCAAUUUCUUCUUGUGCACUGGUCAUUCUCACAUUCUCUACCAAGCAUUUACUCAAUUUCUGUAGUGCUCUUAUUUUGUUUUAUUUUCGAUUCUUGUGUCAUUAUGAUCAUAUAGUCUUUCUAAUGUUCGAUGGGAUUAAUUUAUUGAGUUAUCGGAAAUGUUGAACACAUAAAAAAAAAAAAAAAAAUUCAGUUUCAUAUUAUAUUUGAUCUUUUUGCAUAGAUGGUUGGUUGCUCACUGGUUUUGUUAUCGAGCUUUAUCAAGUUUCAAUCCAACGUGGUGAUGUUAGUAGACUAAUAAAUCUGGUCUUCCUUUUUCAGGGUUGCAUCAAUGGACAAAUAGGCUUAUGGCUCUUGGUGUUACUUAAAUGGAAGCUUUUUCGCUUAUUUAUUUGUUUUUUCAAUUUGUAUUUCUAACAUCAAAGUCUAAUUAGUUUGACCCAUGUAUUAUUAUCAAGGGGAGAGAUGUUGGUCAUUUAACAGCCUUGCUGUUCGAAGAUGGCUCCGUUUGCUAUUGUAGAUGUCAAGUAUCCAUAGACCCUUUUAAGAUGUGCCCCUGAUGAUGAUAGGUGUGCCCCUCCCCUGAUGAGUAAUGAAAUGAUUUGCCUACCCAAAUGUUUAUCAUUUAUUGUUU